CGAGCGACGACGUGACGCUUCCCUUUGACACAUAAACAAGAACUUCUGUUCCCAGUACAAUAUUAGAGAAGUUGAAUUUUGGGAAUAUUCUACUGUAUUUCAAGCUUUUGGUUGCUGAGAAGAUCUACAAACUUUGCUGUCAGCCUUGUAAGCCUUCCAGGGAAUGCACAAUGACAUCAGCAGUAGUUGACAGUGGCGGUUCAGGUCUGGAGUUUGACAGCAAUGGAGGAGAAAUUCAAGGCAAGGAGAAUGAGCCAGUCUCUGAAUAUCCAGCAGUGAUUGUAGAGCCAGUACCAAGUGCCAGGAUAGAACAAGGAUAUGCUGCACAGAUCUUUGUUUAUGAUGAUGAAACUUACCUGCUACAAGAUGUUGCAGAAGAACAAGAAGUUGAGACGGAAACUGUGAAACCAGUGGAAGCAUCUGUUCAUGGCAGCAAUGUGCACUGUUCAGAUAAGACAAUUGAAGCAGCAGAAGCCUUGCUUCAUAUGGAAUCUCCAACCUGCUUAAGAGAUGCAAGGACACCUGUGGAAGUUUUUGUCCCACCAUGUGUGUCAACUCCAGAAUUCAUCCAUGCUGCAAUGAGGCCAGAUGUGAUUACAGAAACAGUAGUGGAGGUGUCAACUGAGGAAUCUGAACCAAUGGAUACCUCCCCUGUACCAGCUUCUCCAGAAAUCCAUGAACCAAUGAAAAAAAAGAAAGCUGGGCGUAAGCCAAAAACUCAAGUGCCACCAGCCAUUUCCAGUGCAGCUCCAGACCUGGGUAUAAAGAAGAAGCCAAGAGAAGGCAAAGGAAACACAACCUACUUGUGGGAAUUCCUUCUAGAUCUACUUCAGGACAAAAAUACUUGUCCCCGAUAUAUCAAGUGGACUCAGCGGGAGAAGGGUAUCUUUAAACUUGUGGAUUCAAAAGCUGUUUCCAAACUAUGGGGAAAGCACAAGAACAAGCCUGACAUGAACUAUGAAACAAUGGGAAGGGCUCUGAGAUACUACUAUCAAAGAGGAAUUUUGGCAAAAGUUGAAGGACAAAGGCUUGUGUAUCAGUUUAAGGAAAUGCCUAAAAACAUAGUGGUUAUUGAUGACAAAAGUGAAUGUAGUAGUGAAGAUUUAUCAAUCCCCACGGACGAGAAAUCAUUGGAACGAGUGUCAUUAUCUGCAGAAAACCUCUUGAAAGCAGCAACCUCGGCUCGUGCUGGAAAAAAUGCAUCUCAGUUGAACUGUGCAAGAGCAGAGAAGCCCGUUACCAGAGUGGUGAAUAUCUCCUCAUCUGGGCAUGAAGUCUCAUCAUGUUCUCCCACCACUACCACUGUCCCUGCAACAACUGCUCCCAGGACUGUGCGUGUGGCUAUGCAAGUGCCUGUUGUGAUGACGUCUCUUGGACAGAAAAUAUCAACAGUUGCAGUGCAGUCCGUAAAUACAGGGUCACCCUUGAUUACCAGCACAAGCCCAACAACAGCAGCAACCCCAAAGGUAGUAAUCCAGACAAUCCCUACCGUGAUGCCAGCAUCUGCUGAAAAUGGAGAGAAAAUCACAAUGCAGCCUACAAAAAUAAUCACCAUCCCUGCCACGCAAUUGGCACAGUGCCAGUUGCAAACAAAAACUGGCUUGCCUGGGACAGGAAGCAUCAACAUAGUUGGAACACCCCUGGCUGUGAGAGCACUUACUCCAGUAUCUAUAGCUCAUGGGACACCUGUGAUGAGACUGUCUAUGCCUGCCCAGCAGGCAGGUAGCCAUACCCCUCCCAGAGUUAUCAGCGCGGUCAUAAAAGGUCCAGAAGUAAAAUCCGAAGCAGUGGCUUUAAAGCAGGAACGGGAGGUUAAGACACUACAACUUGUGCAAGAAGAGAAGCCAGCAGAUGGAACGAAGACAGUAACCCAUGUGGUUGUUGUCAGUACACCCUCAGCCAUUGCCCUCCCAGUCACAGUAAAAACGGAGGGAAUAGUGACAUGCGAGAAAUGAAGAAAAGGCAGCUAUGAACUAUUAAUUAUACAGACCAAUGUGGAAUUAAGCAAACUGACAUGUUUAGAGAUGCAGGGAAAUGGACACAAUCAAGAAAUUCAACAAAAGCUGAGAUUUUAAAAAUUGUUAAUAGUUAGACAUAUAUUAGAAACUUACUGGAAAUGAAAUACUAUCUCAUGUUUUCGUGGGAAUUGAACCACAUCCGCACACUGACACAUUUGCCUCUUGCCAAUUGGGAAAUGACUAAGCAGAUGAAGAAGAAAAAUUCCAGGGACUUGAAGGUGGGGCUGAAGAGGGUCACUGCCUUCUCAAGUUACACUAAGACAUGGAACACUAAGCUGGAUCUGUGAGGGGUUCUCAGUUUUAUGUGUAUUUGUGGGUAGGAAGAGGCUCACUGUUACAAAAGAUAAAUACGAUGCAUUUUUAUUGUGAAUACCAGCAAUUACUACUGUGUACCCACAGUAUUCAACUGGUGCUACGUGAAAAACUCUGCUACUUGGUAUUCUAGAAUGUGAAUUAAAAGGAGAGGGGUCAAAGAGCUUCUAAACGAAGGUGAAGAGCUAGAGGGAUUUUUGUAUCAUACAGCUUGAGCAGAUUUUAAAAUGAAAGCCUUAGACUGAUUUUCAGUUAUCUUUCUUGAAAUAAGCUAAUGGCUUGUUUGUGUAAAGCAUUUUUUUUAUUAAGACAGUUUUUUAAAAAUCUUAUACCUAGCUCAGUAUUGUUAUAGAAUUACAUGUAACAUAUUUUGUAUGGUAGUCAAGUCUGUUGGUUUCUUAAUUGUGGGCAAAGUGGCCAGAGUGUUUGUUUUGGCCUUUUGCUGCACCAGGCUUGGGUCACCCACAUUGCCUCGACAUCUGUGCAUAUGUUUCAGUUUCAGCUUCUACUCUGUCACUCGAAAGGUCACGCUUGGCAUGAACUCUUGUCAGGUAGUUUUAAAGCCUGUACAUUUUUAGUUGAAGUUAGAGGGAAGUAACAGUGUUCAAAAUGAACUAUAAUAGUUUGUAUAUUCAACAUUUAAAGUAUAUUCUAUUUUGUUGUACUCUUGUUUCAAAGUGUAUUCAAGUAGGUUUUACUGAAAUACAGACAUGAACUUUA